AUGAGCUUCUACACUUCAAGCAGCUCCAGCAGUGUCAGCGACGAGUCAGGAGAGGGCUCUGACACAGAGAUGCGAGACAGCGAGAACGAGUUUGAUGAAGUCAGACCCUUUCCCUGCAGCCAUCCUACAUGCCGAUCCUUUCAUAGUUUGGAGAGCGGGUAUUGUGAGAGGCAUCGCUGUUUUGGUUUGUGCAGAAGGAUCUGCUCAUCGCUGAACUCUCAACGCCAGUAUUUUGAGCUUGUUGUGCUCAUGCUCACCCAAGCCAUAGCAGAAGCCGAGAGUCGUUAUAUGUUGUUUCUCAUUGUGUUCAGCCUCUUGCCCGUCGCAUGCUACAGCUUGUCGCAGUUGAUGCGGGCUGACGCGAUGGCCAUGUUCCUGUCCUUGGUUUUGAUCGCUGUCUCGAGCAUAUGGUAUACGACGGCUCGGCUCAAUGGAAUGCAAGAGCUUUCAAGACAGUUGGAGGUGCUGACUGAGUCCAUAUAUGCCAGGCACUUGGUGAGCCACUUGUCCAUUCUGUUUGGUGACCAAGGUAAAGAGCACCUCACCCAGUCCCGCAUGAAGAGCUUGCAACAGCACUACUUGGAAGCCAGAAGACAUUCUGAGACGUUUCGUGAAAGGGUAUGCCUGCCUUUGGAAGAGUUCCUGGACAGCCAGAUGAUGGCCAGAUCAUGUGACAACUUGCGACCGAAACUGAAGCCAGUGCCGCUUGCGCAUGAAGCUGUGGAAAGAAACGGCGGCCCGAGUCGCGUCUUUGACAUUUUGUACUGCGAUGUAACGCUUCAUGACCUGACUGACGUCGCCCGUGCCUGGCAAUUUCUCAAGACAAGGUUGGAGAGCGACGAAUCCAACGUUGAGAUCAUGUCCAUGCGGGACUCCUUUGCUCUUGCCCAGGCUGGCCACAGGUGUGCAGAGAUUGUGGUCAGGAUCCACAGCUAUUUGGCUACGAUCCGGUUUUUUGCUGGCUGCCUCAAUGAGCUUGAAGCAGAACUGGACGACGUGCAUCGCAGGGCAAGACAGUUGGGGCUUGUAGCCAGUAAGGAAGCAUGCCGGCGCCAGCCCGCUUCCAGAACGCGUCCUUGGUUUCUGGACGUCUCCCUCUGCCUUCUUCGUACGAUCUCUCUGCUGGCUGCGGUAUACCUUGCGGGACAAUACUUCGCUCGCUACAGUCCGAAGGUUUUCCAGUCCCGAGUACGCCGUUCACCGGUAUGGGAGUAUGUGUUUGCCUUGAAGAAAGAUGCUGAUCCUUCGGCUCAUCCUGAGACCUGGGCGCCGUGCUUGUUCUUCACCUUGCCCUACCUCGUACUGACCUUCGUCCUUGUGUGCGACUUGCAGCGAUGCCGAGCGAGCGCAAGUACACGUAGCCCGACGCCCAUACAGCUGCUUUAUGAGAGCGACUUCGGGAUUCAGGGAAGAUUUUACAGCUUCAAAGUGGCUGUCUCACAGUUUUUUACUGUGAUGCUACAAGCUUUAGGCAAGCUUCCAGUCAUUGGUGGCUUCGCGUCCUUCGCGCUUCAAGAAGACUCAAACAUAUCAGAGUCCUUCACGUUGUCGUUCUGGAUCUUAGUUGCCAUUCUGAGCAUCAACAGCCUUUAUCCAAGCAUCCUAUUCUUGUUCCCCUCCGACAAACGGGCACGUCUGGGAGCGGGGAUCUUGGAUGCCAUUCUUGAUAUUGCUUACACCCUCCCAUACUUGGUAGUGACGCUGCUGGCCUCCUAUCUGCUGGUUAUGAAGCGAACAGUUCCAGGGAACUUCGGUGGAAACGAUCAACUUAAACUUCAAGAGAUGGCGGACCCGCUGAUCGCCUUUCCUAGGGACUUCUUCGGCUACUUCGCCGUCUACUAUUCCGUGGCCCAUGUGUGCACGGUUUGCCGGGCCCUCGAACGAAACGUUCCUCAAGCAUGGCUGAUUCGAGAGACAGGUUCUUCUUUGCCGACGCUCUGCCCAAAAAGCGCAGCUUCUGGUGGGAAAUGCGAGGCCCUUUGCAAGGUGCUGUAUUCGCCAAGCCUGCUGCUCGUCGUCGCCUACUUGGUGCUGUCGAGCACGUCAUACCCCAACCACCGGCGUGUCGAGGGCUGCUUUCCUUGUCACUGUGAGGAGGUCGGCGGUGCCAAGCAGCUUUCACACUGCCAGCUGGCCGGCGCUCUUCUUGUCAAGGAUGUGUUCCUCAAUGACCAGAACAUCAGCCGUAUUGCGCCGCAUGCUUUCAGGUCUUUGCCUGGACUGCAGCGUCUCUCCCUCUCCGGAAAUCCGCUGCGCGUCCUGCCCAACAAGCUCUUUGCUCCCCUGAAGGACUUAGAGCUUUUGGAUGUAAGUCGCGCGGACUUGCGUCACGUGUCGGCGAAAGCGUUUGCAGGCCUUUCGGCCCUGCGGGUCCUGGCGCUAAGCGGCAAUCAACUGAAGCAUCUGCCAGAACGCCUGCUGUAUCCUAUGCCGGCUUUGGAGAAGUUGUUGCUGGGAGAGAAAAGACAUGUUCAUCUAGAGGGACUCGGUGACAUUUUCCCGCAGAUCGUUGCUGGGAAUCAGCUGCUUUCGCUGCCAAGUGGCGUCUUCAAUCGGAGCCUCCGACUGAAAGUUCUAGACCUCGACCACAACCGUCUUGUGACACUUCCUGCAGGCCUGUUUUCGAUGAACCCAAUGCUGGAGACGGUGGACUUGCGAGGCAACAGCCUCAGAGACCUUCCCGUGGACAUCUUCAAGGGUCUCUCGAGGCUGCAGAAACUCGACCUGACAAGAAACAAGCUGAGCGCCCUACCGCUUGGGCUCUUCUCCAGCCUCGGCCACUUGAAGAGCCUUGACCUGAGAGUCAACCAUGUCAGCGAACUGGCUGUAGGAGUCUUCGCCGGUCUCGAGAGGUUGAAGAGCCUUCGCUUGGCACGGAAUCCACUUCGAACCAUUCCUGUUGGUGCUUUUGCCGGGCUGCCCAGCUUGGAGAAGCUCGACGUCAUGCACGGCUCGCAAGCUGCGCUGGCAGCGGGACUUUUUGCCGGCCUCCCGAACUUGAAGACGCUGUUCCUCAAGAACAACUCGAUCAGCGAGCUGCGGGCGGGAGUCUUCACAGGCUUGGGGCAGCUGGUGUCGCUGUAUCUUAGCCACAACCCGCUCGGCAAGCUGCCGCCCGGAGUCUUUGAUGGCCUGGGGAGCUUGAAGUACCUCUUCCUGUCGAACACUUCCCUCACUGAACUUCGUGCCUCAGGCCUUGGGGGCCUCAGCAACUUGAAGCAGCUCGAUCUCGGCGCGAACUUGCUCACCGCAGUGCCUGGGGAGGUUCUCUGGGGCCAUGAAGGCUUGACACUGCUGGAGCUUGGUAAGAACAUGAUCAGCGAGCUGCCCGCAGGAGCUUUCACCGGCAUGCGCGGGCUGGUAAGGCUGGGUCUGAGCCACAACCCACUCAGGAGGCUCCCGGUCGGCGCCUUUGCUGGUCUGAGGAGGCUAAGAACACUCCAUCUCUCGAAGACCUCGCUCACGGAACUUCGUGCCCCAGACUUUGUGGGUCUGGGAAGUUUGCAGACACUCGUGCUGGGAGGGAAUGCGCUCACUGAAGUGCCGGUGGGAGUUCUCACAAGCCUGCCCGGCUUGAAGAUGUUAGACCUGGCUUACAACCGGAUCCGCGAACUGCCUGUGGGAGGUUUCGCCACCCUCACCAACUUGACUUUCCUGAACCUCAUGCAUAACUCCAUCCAUCGGUUGCCUGUAGGAGUUUUCGCAGGCUUGGGGCAUUUGCAGAAGCUCUUUUUGCAACAGAAUCCGCUUCGGCAGCUUCCCGAUGAAGUUUUUGCCGACCUCCAUAGCUUCGACACGCUGGCGCUGUAUGGGAUCUGCGCAGCUUUACCGGCUGUUUGCUUCCAGUCCACAGUCCACUGCUGCAGCGAAACCCUUUUUCCUAAACCACCUCAUCCUCGCCGCGUGCCGUCGUAG